CAUGCUUGAUUUUGCUCACAUGUGUAUUUCUUUUAGCUGCUGUACGUCUACUUAUGGAUGGAAAUAUUUUCAUGAAUUUAGGUCAGAAAAAUACUUUAAAAAAAAAAAAAAAGAAGAAAGUGUAUUGUAUGAAGUACUGCAUGCUUUUUCUUGAAGUUUUGGGUAAGUAAGCUAAUCAACACAAUAACACUAUUCAAUAUAAAUUCUGAUUUUUCUUUUAUUGCAGAUAUUUGUGAAUGACCUUAGCUGAAUAUGGAUCCAGGUGGUGGAAGUCUUGGAUUGCAAACACAAGAAUCCAAAAUGCCUCACACUAUGAUUAUGCAGGAUUUUGUGGCUGGAAUGGCUGGCACUGCUCAUAUCGAUGGAGACCAUAUUGUUGUGUCAGUUCCCGAAGCUGUCCUAGUUUCUGAUGUUGUUACGGAUGAUGGAAUAACUCUUGAUCAUGGCUUAGCAGCUGAAGUUGUCCAAGGACCUGACAUCAUCACUGAAACUGAUGUUGUAACAGAAGGUGUAAUAGUUCCCGAUUCUGUUUUGGAAGCUGAUGUUGCUAUUGAAGAAGCUUUAGAUACCAGUGAUCAUGUUUUGACUUCAGAUCUAAUAACAGAAACCGUUAGAGUUCCUGAUCAGGUUUUUGUGGCUGACCUUGUUACGGGUCCUGAUGGACAUUUGGAGCAUGUGGUGCAAGACUCUGUGUCAGGAGCCAACUCGCCUACAAUGGUUUCAGAAGAAGUUCUUGUAACGAACUCAGAUUCUGAAGCGGUCAUUCAAGCAGCUGGUACUGUUCCUGGCUCCACAGUGACUAUAAAAACAGAAGACGAUGAUGAUGGCAAGAGUACAUCUGAAGACUACUUAAUGAUAUCUUUGGAUGAUGUUGGAGAAAAAUUGGACCAUAUAGGAAGCACUCCCUUGAAAAUCAGUACUGAGGUGACAAAUGAUGAUGUUGCUAAAGAUGACGGUUUUGGUUCAGAAGUUAUCAAAGUGUACAUAUUUAAAGCUGAAGCUGAAGAUGAUGUUGAAAUAGGUGGGACAGAAAUUGUCACAGAGAGUGACUUUCACAAUGGACAUUCUGUAGCUGGAGUAAUUGAACAAGGAGGUGUUGGUAGAAUGCAACGCGAAAAAAUGGUUUACAUGGCUGUUAAGGACUCUUCUCAGGAAGACGAAGACAUUAGCUGUGCUGAAAUAGCAGAUGAAGUUUAUAUGGAAGUUAUUGUAGGUGAAGAAGAAGCUACAUCACUUCCAGAAACGCAGCUCGAAGACUCUGGCGUGAAUAAAACUUUUGUCCCUGUUGCUUGGGCUGCUGCUUACGGAGAUGAAAGAAGGCUACCCAGAAGAUAUGAAGAUGGUCAAGCGGCAGGAAAUAACUUGGAUACACGAUUAGAAAACAAAAACGGUAAUGCAACACAAUACCUGCAGAUUUGUGAUAGCGUUAGCACUAAUAGAGUGCUAAAACAAAAAACCAAGAAAAGGAGGAGAGGAGAGGCCAGGCAAUGGCAAACAGCUGUUAUAAUAGGUCCUGAUGGACAGCCCUUAACAGUUUACCCUUGUCAUAUUUGUGGGAAAAAAUUUAAAUCCAGAGGAUUCUUGAAAAGGCAUAUGAAGAAUCAUCCAGAUCAUAUGAUUAAGAAGAAAUACCAGUGUACAGACUGUGACUUUACAACUAACAAAAAAGUAAGUUUCCACAAUCAUCUGGAAAGCCAUAAACUUAUAAAUAAAGUUGAUAAAACCCAUGAGUUUACAGAAUAUACAAGAAGAUACAGAGAAGCAAGCCCGUUGAGUUCUAAUAAACUAAUUCUGAGGGACAAGGAACCUAAGCUGCACAAGUGCAAAUAUUGUGACUAUGAAACUGCAGAGCAGGGACUGCUCAACAGACACCUGCUUGCAGUUCACAGUAAGAACUUCCCUCACGUGUGUGUGGAGUGUGGGAAAGGAUUCCGUCAUCCGUCAGAGCUGAAAAAGCACAUGAGGACCCACACUGGGGAGAAGCCAUACCAGUGUCAGCACUGUGUCUUCAGGUGUGCUGAUCAGUCCAACCUGAAAACUCACAUCAAAACCAAACACGGGACGGAUUUGCCCUUUAAAUGUGAGCACUGUCCCCAGGCGUUUGCAGAUGAGAAAGAACUGCAGCAGCACACAGAAUUAUUUCAAGGGCAUAAGACUCAUCAGUGUCCACAUUGUGACCAUAAGAGCACCAAUUCAAGUGACCUGAAGCGACACAUUAUUUCAGUUCACACAAAGGAUUUUCCUCACAAAUGCGAGACUGAAGAUGAUCAUUCUGACUGUGACAAAGCACACAUCCACGGUGGCACAUUUUCCAACCUUACAGAUGGAUGGAAUCAUCAGCAGCAUAUGGACAAUGAAGCCUAGCUAAGAAGAAGGACUGUGGAAACAAGUUCUGUCAACGAGAGGAAAAGCCUUGAGACUUCACCCACACAGUGUUGAGGUUACUGGAUUGCUACCCGUCUCAAAUGUCCACAAUUAAAGGUAAUGAAGUUGAGAGAAAAUACAGAACACCACCAGAGUACUCUCAGGGUCAAGCUGCUUCAGAACCGUUCGUGUAGCGCUGCCAACCCGUCGAGCCCAGCUGGGACCAUGAUUGCUUCAGGACUGGCUGAAGAACAGAUGUUGGUUGUGACAAGAAAAACUGAAGUCCACGAAAGCAUGGCAUCCCGAGCUCUCCUGAGCGAAAAGUAACAUACCCUUUUAGAACAUGCCAGAUGUUCUACCCUUUGUCUGCUUGUGCUGCUCACAUCGCUGUCUUUUUCUUGGUCACGUCCCCCACAAAGCUGCUCUCUCAAGACUGGUGUCUUUGUGCUGCUCUGCCUCUCCCUCUGCAGCCAGCCCCAUGUGAACUGGCCGUGCUGCUCCUUCUCAGGCCACUACCUUGUAUCCAGCCUUGGCAGCAGCACCUUGUGCCCUGUAGCUGCAGGAGCUUCUGCAGUCCUGGUCUGUAUUUUGACUUUGAAUCACUUCUUAAAAAGUCUCUGCUCUUUUGCGUUUCCUGGGUUAGUCACUGCCCUGUCUCGAUUUAAGUUUCAGGGAUGUGAUGCUUAAUAAGUUUUAGGAUUAGUUUGGAGUCAUUAAUACUCGUGAGUCAGGGCUGCUGCCACCCAAAACACCCCUUCACCUGAGAGCACAACAGAAACCGUCCCUGCCCAGCUACCACCCUGGCACUGCAGUGCCCAGAGACAGCCCUGUGCGUGAGGGCAGAGGCAGGUGUUCCAGCAACGCCACUGCCUUUGUUAAUUAAUUAUGUGUCAGAGAAAACAACAAAAGGUUAUUUUAUUCAUACUCCACCCUCCAAUUAACUGCUGCCUUGUAAUAGACGGUGCAGUUCCUUCACCUUAAUCACUCUGCUUUUUGCAGCCAAGUUGAAUUAACGCUGUGGCUUUUUCUCUCAGGUGUCAGUUUUGGCUAAUACUUUCUCUGAAGUUAAACUGAAUACUUAGGAAGUUCAGAGACUGAAAAGACAAUGUGUAGGUAAACUUACGUGUUUCCAUAUCUCGCCAGUCCUCUCAAUUACAAUAGUUUGUGAUUUAUUGACAGGGGAUGUAACCUUGUAGUCAUCAGACAGGAGACCCAGGAUAGGAUACUGAUUUCUGUACCUGCAUUGAAGAGAGUUGCAAACCUGUAAGCUGAAAUGCACACACCUGCAUCCAGAUCAAUAACUGAUCUUCCCAUACAGUCCUGCCAGUCAUUGAUCCCCAAAGGUUUUCACUAGUAACUAAAAAGUUAAUCCAGUCACUUAAAUGUCACUUUACCACGCUCGCCUCCCCCCAGUUGCUGUUACAGCGCUUAGUAGUGAAUCCUCCACGGAGAGAAAGCCAAUCUUGACAGUUUAUCUAUAUAAAGUAUUAAGUAUUAAGACAUUUUCAGGAGGCAAGAACGUGGCUAACAAAGACUAUAUACAAUGGAAAACCAAAAGGAUGUAUUUUUAAGAGAGGUAACUACAUUACUUCUUGGUGAUGAUCGCUGUUACACCAGGGGACUGGCUGCCUGAUAACUUCUCAUGCUUCAGUCUGAAGAGGUCCUGAGAAACCAAGAGUAAACAUUCAAAUCAAAUAAUGUUUUCUGAAGUAUUAGUUCACUAAAGUCACAACAAAAUAUUUGCAGAAAUUCCUCUCAAAGAGCAGUCAAAAAAAAGUCUGUCCUUCCAAAAGACUGGCAGAGGAACAGCAUUCAGUUAAAAAACAUCCUAAUGCUGAUUCCUGCACCAGGAGAGUACAAGGGACUUCCUAGGAAGUUUCCACCUACACAGUAAGUGCAGGCUUAAAUAUAAAAAUUCUUAGAAAUAAGUUGUAUUAUUUUACCUCUUGCUGUUGUUUAAUAAAAGCCUCUUUCUCCUCCAGCAUUGACGUCAGUUCAUGCAACCUCAUUUGCAGGUCGCUGUUACUUCCUUCUCUCCUUGAUAUAUCCUGCUGGAAUUGGCACAGCUGGUUCUGUGAAACACGGGUUAAGGAAGAGUUAGGUGUUUGGGGCCCCUUCCAGGUGACCUCUCAGUAUCUGUCUAGGACUCCACAUGCAUUUCUUUCAUCAAAUUCACGACCAGGAAGACCCAAUGAUUUUCAAAUAAGAAUGUUGAACUGCACAGUAAAUUGCAAAAGUGCUAAUUGGACCGAAUUCUACCCACUGUCGAUCUAAUAGUUUUAUAAUGCAGUAAAGCUAAUACAAAAGUGAGCAAGUUGAAUUCACUUCCAGGCUGGUAAAAUAGUACUAGAGUGAUUUAAAUGAGAGAUGUUUCCUACAGACAUUUCUGACUGGGAUUUAUUUUUGUUUUCUGUUGGGUGUCUUUUGGCUAAUUUCUUACUUUAUCAAGACACACAAAACAUCCCUUUAGGGCAGACUGCAAUCUAAUUAAUCCCUAAUUUCUACAUCUAAGGAAUUGUACUUUUUUUUUAAAAUCACAGUUUUGUGUUAUACCCUAAGUGUUUCUGAGCCAUCAUAGUGUCUAUAAAGUAAAUGCAGAACCAAAAGAUAACCUAAAAAGAACGCAGAGUAGAUCUCUCCUGUUCCUUGAUUAAAACGGAGGCCGUUUACCUGCAGAGGUACAAGGUGAGGGAUGAGCUGUCCCAAGUCCAUCCACUUACCCUCAGACUGCGGAUCUCACGGUCCUUAUCCUCUCUCAAGUUAUUGAUCAUCUCUACGUAACGGCUGGAGAGCUCAUCCGUGGUGGCCUGUAGUGUUGGAUUAGAGCAGGUCUACAAAAAAAUGAAAUAAUUUU